AUGACUAAAGGCACCUUUCUCUUAGGCAGACUCAAACUCGAUGUUAAAAAUGUUGGCAACUGUCCUUGGGUAGGCCUCCUCAAAGGGAUUGAGGAAAAGCAUUCAUCUGAUCAGACUCAGUGCUACAGAUGCAAAGAAUCUCACUCCAACUACAAGGAGAAAUGCCAUUCAAUCGACAAAAUAAUAGUGGCCAUAACUCUUUUGCAAAUUCUUAUUCGUAUUGAACUUGCUCCUCUUAUUCUUCUGGAUCUUUAUCCAGUUGAUCUUACUUAUGUUCUUGAUACUAUUCGCCUUCAAUACUCUCUUGCUUUGAUUGAUUAUGGAACUGCCGCAGGGAUUCUUGCUGCUCAGGCUGUCUCUGAACCUCUUACUCAAUAUAUGUUGGAUUCUCAUCAUCGUUCUGUUGGUGGUGGUACUAAUAAAUCUGGUAUUAUUCGCCCCGCUGAGAUUUUUGGUGCAAAGCCUGUUGAAGCUGAACAAUCUUCUGAGAUGCUGCUUCGUGUUUGUUCUGAAUAUGAAUCUGAUCGUUCUGAGGUUCUUCAGAUUGCUAAUCAGAUUGAGCUUAUGUCUCUUGAUCGCUUUGUUUCUGUUUGGGAUCUUCUUAUUGAGACCUUUGGCGAAUUGCGCUAUCCUCCCUUUCUUAAUGAUAAAAUUUGGAUUUCUGAAUUUUCUCAGAAUUAUCCUCUUCUUCCUCCCCCAGCUGAUCUUACUAAUUGGUGUAUUCGUCUUGAAAUUGAUAAGGGGACAAUCAUUCUUAAAAGUAUGCGCCUUGAGCUUAUUAUUGAACGUAUUCGUUCUAGGUUUCCUGCUGCUUAUGUUAUUCAUACUCCUGAGAAUGUUUCUCAGAUUGUGAUUCGUAUUUACUUUCGUGCUUCUCAGUUUCGUUGUGGCAUUCAAGAUGAAGAUAAAGUUUUGGAUUUGAUUACUAAAGAUCUUCUUCCUUUAACUAUUCGAGGUGUUCCUGGUAUUCUUGCUGCUAAUGUUGUUGAAAUUAAAUGGCAUGUUAUUGGUAAGGAUAAUGCUCUUGUUCUUUCUACUUUCUAUGCAAUUCAUACUAUCGGAACUAAUAUUUAUGGUGUUUUAUCUAAUCGCCGUAUUGAUCCUCUUCGUAUUGUUAGUUCCUCAAUUGGGGAUACUGAAAAAAUUUUCGGUAUUGCUGCAGCUCAUCUUACUAUUAUUCGUGAGAUUCGACACUUUAUGGCUGACAAGGCUCCUAAUCCUCGCCAUCUUAUAUUAUAUGCUGAUGAGAUGACUCGUACUGGUCGCAUUACUUCACUUGAGAAAGGUGGGAUUAAUAUUCGAGAACAUGAUAAUAUAUUUCUUCGUAUGGCUAUGUCUGCACCUACUCAAGUUCUUCAAGAUGUUGCUACUUGUAGUGCUUCUAGUCGUAUUUAUGGUGUUGCACCUUAUCUUAUACUUGGUCGAGCUCCUCCCCUGGGCACAAUAUAG